CAGAAAGAACAGUAAAAAUGUAGGCAGGGCACAGGACAAAGCACUAGGGACAAAAUUGAAUUUAGUGAAUGUCACUUUUUGUCAUUUUCAAAUUUCCUGCCAGUUCCGUCCCCCGUACGUCCCGACGUUGCAGGGGACGGAAACCCAGAAGACAGAUGCCGGCAUCCGCCGGAGGACAUUGCCGGGGACACUGCAGGGGGGACAUCGCGGGAGCGCUGCAUGGUAAGCCCGAGUGUAGCUCGGGGUUACCGCUUGUUGUACUGAAACUUUACCCCGAGCUACACUCGGGAAUACUG